AUGGCAGAUUCGUAUGAAGUGUUUGAAAGGGAGACGACCACAGUGAUAAGUGAUACUGAAGUUUUGAUAGAGACUGUUACUGAGAUUCGGAAUUAUGAAGACUCAUUUUGUGUAAAGUCUAGGAUUUAUUUGAUAUCUGGUGCGAAGGUUUAUGGUCAGAAAAUCGAAGAGACAAAUGGCCUUUUAGAGACAAAUGGCCUUUCAGAUGUAAAGAAAAGUUGUCGCGAAACUGGUUGUAUCAUCAACGCUCUUUCCUCAACCGGGGAUAAUGAAAUGAGAACCGGGGAUAAUGAAAUGAGAAAUGACAUAAUUAAUAUAGAAGGUUGGACCCAUGUGGUCCUCGAAUGUGAGAUUUGCUUGCACAAGGUGGUUAUAUUCCAGAGCAAGUUAUUCAAUGAUACUUUUUCUAACUGGCGAAAAGUUUGCGACAUUAUCCGACAGAUACUAGAUGGACGACUCGGCCGAGAACCUUUCUCAGGACCGAUGGACGGGGAACACCCCGCCAGCGACUCCUCUGGACCUUUAAUAACCCUUGCAUCCGAACCCCGGUUCAAACCCCGAUUUAAACCCCGAUUCGAACCCCGAUUCGGGUCCGGAUUUAUAUCUAGAUUUACAAAGGCCAGAGACAAAAAGCGACGCAAAUCCGGUCAGUGUGCAUCCCUUGACCCCGUCGUUUCUACAUCACUCGGAGCACCCCGUGCAACGGAUAGCGGAACACAUAAGCAGACUGAUGAGUUGGAUCUGGAUAGGUGGAAGGAAGGCCUGGACCGGGAGCAAAAUUCGAGAGAAGCCUUUCUGGCGCGCAUUAGCAACCUCUUCCUCAACAUCUCUUUCCUCCAGCCGUCAGAAACGAGGGUAGAGAAGACUGCAGAGAAGACAAGGCGAAUCGUACCAGAGGUCCCGAAACGGAACAGGCGGCGAGUUACCUCAUCCUCCGCGACUGUCACCAUCCUUCGAAGUGCGACCGGUGGCGACCCUUGGAGCGGUAGGUCGCACGACUUGUCCGAUGCCGUUUCAUCGCCGUUGUCUACUGCCCUGACUGGAUUGGAGCCGCAAGCUGUGAUUAGGUGGUUGCAAAACCUGGACAUUCGCGUCCUUCUCCUCCUUGUGCUUCUAAUAAGGAUAUGGUGGAUCCUUGAGCAGGGUGUCCGAACACUGCUCAGUUGA